CACUGGGCGCCGGUGAAAACCUGUUUGUUCUCCUGCGGGUGGAGCCCAGUCCGCGCCUCCUCGCUGCCCUGCACGCUCUUCGCUGCACCAGGCUCCCGCCGUCCCACAACCGCCGCCCCGGGCCCGGCCUGGCCUGGCCCGGUUGGGCGCUGUCCACCCGAGGGAGCCCGCGCCCCGUGUCCGCCCGCUCCUCGGCCCACCCCGCGAGCCGGGCACCUGUGCCAGGAGCACUGUUGAAUCAACUGAGAAGGGAUCUGCAGAGCAAGCGCCAUGAGUAUCUCAGCUCUUGGAGGCAGCACCAAAGGGAAACCACUACUACCAGGUGAGGAGGAACGCAAUAAUGUCCUCAAGCAGAUGAAGGUUCGGACCACGCUGAAGGGGGACAAGAGCUGGAUCACCAAGCAGGAUGAAUCAGAAGGCCACACCCUAGAGCUGCCUCCUGGUCGGAGUCGAGCCACAUCCUUUUCAUCAGCUGGGGAAGUCCCGAAGACCAGGCCUCCAAGCACAAGGGCUCCCACUGGCUAUAUCAUCCGGGGAGUGUUCACCAAGCCCAUAGACAGCUCGUGUCAGCCACAGCGGCAGUUCCCCAAGGCCAAUGGAGAUCCAAAAAGUGCUGCUGGUCUGCUGAGAACAGCUCCCAGUGGGCUUCCUCGGCCCUCCUCCUCCGGCUAUAAGAUGACCACUGAGGAUUACAAGAAGCUGGCACCCUACAAUGUCAGACGCAGCUCAGCAUCAGGGGAUGCUGAAGAGGAGGAGGUUCUCUUCUCAUCUGAUGAGCAGAAACGGAGGUCAGAGGCUGCAAGCAGUGUGGUGAGGAAGACAGCCUCCCGGGAGCACUCCUACGUUCUGUCAGCAGCCAAGAAGAGCACCAGCAGCCCUGCCCAGGAGAUGCAGGCUCCGUUCAUUGCAAAGAGGGUUGAGGUGGUGGAUGAGACCAGGCCUUCUGAGAAGAGCCAGGACCCACCUGCUCUAGGAAGAUCCUCUCCUGGCUCGAGCAGUGUGGAUGGAGACAGAGCCAAAGUGUCUCAGGGGAUUUGGAUUGAGCACAUGCUGACUCUGCCCAGCCCUGCCAGGAGCUGGGAGCCCAAUACAAGAGGUGAGGAAGUUGUCCACCUGCAGAUCACGACACCUGGGGCAGGACUCCGCCUGAUGACCCCAGACCUGGAAGGAAUGAGGUCUUCCCUGGGCUCCAAAUACAAGGAGGACCCCAGCCCUAGAGAGGCCAAGGAAGACUUGGCUGGUGAAGAGGCCUGCAAGGGCCCCAAUCUAGACCUAAGGUCAAGUGCACAGUCAAGUGAUGGCAAUGUGGGAUCCAGAGCCAUGGGCUUCCCACCUGAAGGCUUGAUUGAAGCAGACAUUGACUCUGGGAGAGGAGGGUGUGCGCCUGCGCGCACCGCCAUUUCCUUGCAACCGGAAGCUCGAGUCGCAGCGCCCAUCGGGAAAUGCGACAGUUCACCGAGCGAAAUGGCUGCCCUGGGGGAGAACGGCCUCAGUGUAGCUUUUCUUGCUGCCGUGCUGGUUCCUGCCGCUAGAUGCACCUUGGCUGAUUCUGAAGACAAGAAUGUGGCUGCCAAGGUGGGAGAGACCUGGCAGGAAAGGCCUGCAGUCCUGAGAGGUGGCCAUGGGGACCCAGCUGCACCCUCCCAGCAGUCUGCAGCCCCCAGGACCCCAGAGCAGCAGAGCAUCCCCAGAAGACCAGAGCAGCUUGUGGAACUGGACAGCCAGGCCAGCAGCACCUUGGCUGAUUCUGAAGACAAGAAUGUGCCUGCCAAAGUGGGAGAGACCUGGCAGGAGAGGCCUGCAGUCCUGAGAGGUGGCCACGGGGACCCAGCUGCACCCUUCCAGCAGCCUGCAGCCCCCAGAACCCCAGAGCAGCAGAGCAGCCCCAGAAGACCAGAGGAGCUUGUGGAACUGGGAAGCCACACCAGCAGGGUGAAAAACCCCUCGAGCUGUAUGGUCACUGUUACCGUUACUCCUUCUACUGAGCAGCCUCAUGUUUACAUCCCAGCCUCCCCAAGUGAAUUGGACUCCAUUUCAACCAGCAAAGGGAUUCUCUUCAUGAAGGAAUACAUGAAUGCUAGUGAGGUAUCCUCUGGGAAGCCAGUGUCUUCACGCUAUGACAGCAUUAGAAGCAUUGAAGACUCAUGUGAUGUGGAGAAGAAACCUGCAUGUGACAGCUCUCUGUACUCUGAGAGAACAACUGGAGGGAUCUGUACUUACUGCAACCAGGAGAUCAGAGACUGUCCAAAGAUUACCCUAGAGCAUCUUGGCAUCUGCUGCCAUGAUUAUUGCUUUAAGUGUGGGAUUUGCAGUAAACCAAUGGGUGAGCUCCUGGAUCAGAUCUUCAUUCACCAUGACACCAUCCACUGUGGGAAAUGCUAUGAGAAGCUCUUCUAGCUCUUCUAGGCUGAGAAGAAGUUGAUGACUCCUGGACAAGUUUGGCUGUCCCCAGUUGCCCCAAGUUGCUAGCUCCUCUUCCCUCACUUUCCUCCUCCCCAUUUGAUUUCUUCAGACUUUUGCCCUUCUCAAGUUGAACUGAUUGCAUCUAGUAGAGUAUCUUAAUGAUGACAAUAACGUGUGUGUGUAGCUUUUAAUAGCUUAGCAAGCACUUUACAUCUAUGAUCUUAUUUCAGGCUCAAGAAAAAAAAAAGAUUGAACAAGAAUUCCAUCUUGGCUUUCUUAAGAUAGGUUGGCUUCCUGAUGAGUUUAGAUGGUCUGGUACGAUAGGCAGGAGCAUGAGUUUCAGUGUGUCCUGACUUUUGGGACAGAGAGCAACCCCACAUUCUAGGUUACAGCUCUAAGUGUAUCUUUGGGGCUUGAAAACAAGAGGUCCCCUGAAGCUUCUGAGGGACCAGGUGGGUAAAUCUCUGGUGGGUAAAUUGCAGACAUUGAAUGCUAGGGAUUGGCUUAGGCUAAUAUUUAGCUUGUCUGUUAUAGUUGCCAUAUAUAUGUGUGUAUGUAUGUAUACAUAUAUAUAUACAUACAUUUAUAUAUUUAACUUUCCAUACACAUUUAAAAAUAGUUAAUUGCUUUUUAUUGAGUUAUAUAGCAGAUUUUAAUUAUCUUCUUCCCACUUUUCACUAUAAUUGAGGUUUUUUUUUCCUGAAAGCUUGUGGGCAUGCAUUUGAAAGUCUACACAGAUAAGAUUACAUUCCAUGGGGUGUGAUUCUUAAGAGGCCACUGACCAAAGGAACAUCCGUCUCUGAAUCUUGAUAGCUGAUUAAUACCUUUUCCCUCAAUUCCAAUAGUUACACAAAAAUCUUCAAAAGUAGGUUUCAGGUUGUAUAGACUCCAGCAGGAUUAAGAAGGGAGAAAAACAGUUAACAUUUCUCAAGGCCUUACUACCUAUCAGGCAUUAUCACAAAGUGAUGGCAUCAAUCCUCAUACUAAUCCUAUGCAGAGGUUAUUCUUGUCCCCAAUUUAUAGAUGGGACUAUCAAGGCUCAGAAGGUGGUCACUACAUCGUGUGGAACCAUUGCUGUCUCUCUCCAGAACCCAUGUUCUCAGUAACAGUAACCACAUUACCAAGCAUUGAUUUAGUGUCGUGUGCCAAGGUCUGUGCGGAGGUUACCUCAUUUUACCAAGUAACAUUGCCCUCCAUAGGUCUCCCCUGAGGCAUACUCUUACAAAGAGAGGAAAGUAUAAAAUCAUGUUCCUCCUCUGGGCAUCCUAGGUCUCCCUAUGAAGUACCACAAAAGUCAAAGUGCCCUCCUUCCCUCUCCUCCUCUUUCUAUGAAAAUAAUUUUGAACUGAGAUACUCUUCCAAACUUAGAUUUCUCUGCUGGGUAGAGACUUGACUCACAGACCUUCCCAAAGAAGAGCUUGUCAACCCAGGGAAAGCCACAGUGAGCUACCCGAUCUGAGCUAGCCAGGAUAUCAGCAACUACUGGAGUCCCAAGUACUUGGAACAGAGAAACCUGUUGACUGUCUAAACAAAUUGCAGGCCCAUCCAUGUGGUCAGCUGAUACUCUACUCAGGUUCAACUAAGCUCAUCUGCCUUUGGGACCAGGAUCACUGUGUAAGGUCCUUGAGAGGAAGGACAACCUGAAAGUUUUCUGAUGAAAACUGAGGGUCUGUUCCCUUAAUUUAAUUAGAAAAUGUCUCCAUCUCUCUCCAGUUUCUGACUCCUACGCACAUUGGCUGGUGGACUUGUCUUCCUGUCAAAUGAUCAGAGAGGAACAUUCCAUUUAUUUGCAUAGAUGUGCAUCAGAUUUGCUCUGGAGGGGAAAAGUGAUACAAUAGGUCAUGUACCACUAAAUAUGAGCUGGUAUUCCCCAGGUAUAGCCCACAGCGAGGGAUUUGGCACAUGAUAGACACUGACACAUAGGUGCUAAAUGAAUGAAUAAAAGGGAAAGGCUGCUCCUUUGUGUUGGAGGUACCAACCCUGAGUCAGUAUAGCCUAGUUGAUCGAGUACAGGAUAAAGAGAUCCAAGAUAGGCUGUCUUCUCCACCUUUAAGAUACACUGUGCCUUUAAGGGAGUUUUAGAACCAAUAUGCAAGAAAUUGAUGGAAAGCUUGUAAGAUCAAUAUUGAUUUCUAUUCAAAACAGACACUUUCAUGUCUAAAAAGGCACAAAAUUCUGCAGACUUAAGAGAGGUGGUUGCAUUAUACUUUUGCUUCUUUUUAAUUGUCUAGUGUUUUUAAUCACAUUUGCUUAACCCAAAUUAAUGUACUCAAUUAUAAUAAAUAUUGAGAUAUUAAAUAUGUCAAUGUAGUCAA